AUGAUGCAACUUCAUUGGCCGAGAUAAAAAAGAUCAAAAAAUCGAAUCUUUUUGCCGGCCCUCUCUUCCCAUUUCUUCUUCCUUAUCUUUCUUUCUUUCUUACUCUCUGCAUCUCUCUUUCCUCCACACACUAACACACAUACUUUCUUUCUUGACUAUCGUUCUUAUCGCUCGUCAUGGCUCUUUCAACACAAGCUGUGCCAAAGCUACGCAAGCGUUCGCCCGUCCAGCAUGAUAACUGUGCGGAUUGCUACGAGGAUCAGCCCUGCAACUCGUGCUCUGCAGCUGAUGCUGAUGCUGAUGCUACUCCCACUGCUAUUACUACAAGUACUGAUAAGGUGGAGCAGAAGCAGGAACAAGAACAGCCGCCACAAUCACAAGAACAAAAGGUACCUCCACCACCUCCACAACCGCAACAACAACGUCUGAUGCGCGUUUAUACCAGUGAGGACGACAAGAAGCCAUCCUCUCAACAACAAUCGUCGCAGCCUCAGCAGGAUGCGGUGUGCGCUAAUUGCCAAACAACAACCACCCCGCUCUGGCGUCGUGAUGCGAGUGGUAAGACGAUAUGUAAUGCAUGUGGCUUGUAUUACAAGCUCCAUCAUGUCCAUCGUCCAGCAACAAUGAUGCGCACGGUGAUCAAGCGACGAAAGCGCUGUGCAUCUUCGACUGAAAAGCAGCAGAACAAAUCUGCUUUCCGUAAGCGGUCCAAAACGCAGCAUCAACAGCAACAAGAGAAGCACCAACAGCAACCGCAGCAAUCCCCAGUGCAGCAGGCACCCUCGCCUCCUCAUACCACGAUACCUAUGGUGGGUGAAGAUGUGGAAUCAUUAGCAACAUCCUCGCGGGCAUCUACGGCGUCUCCUCCACCGCCAUGGCAGCCACAAUCUCCGCCUGCAACAUCGACAAACUCUUCAUCGUGCACACCGCCUGCUUCGCCGCCAGGAGUAGGAAGCGUUGUGUUACCGCCUAUUCACGCCCCCGACCACCACCAUCACCAUAAUCAUCACCAGCAGCAUUCUGCCAAUGAGUACAAAGUGCACACAACCUUACCACGGUUGCGGUUCCACCAUCUAUGCAACAAGACCACAGAUGACCUGCGUACUCAACGUCAGGAAUUGCAAAAUAGAGUGACCAGACUCUCUGCCCUGCUCUCUGAAACCGUCUCCACUUUAUCAAAAAUCGACGCAGCACUUGCCGAGCCCACAAAGAACCAUUGCCCUAUCUGUCCACCUUCUGAUCAUCAGGACCACGAAAUCGCUCGAUCUCUUUUAUCAUUGGCUUCUUGCACAGCCUCUAAAUCACCACCACCACCAACAGCAGCAGCACCAGUACUUCAUGUCCAUCAAGAGCGUCCUCAUUUACCACCCAUCGCAUUACCCACCCCAGCGUCACCUUAUCAUCAGUGACGAUAACAACAAACAUAUAAGCACAACACAUUCUUUUCCUCUAUCUUUCGGACUACACCCCACUCACCACACUCAUAAUAUACCUUUUUCUCAUUAAUGUAAAUUUUUGUCUUUAAGCCUUAUCAUAAUCAUUUAUCAUUCUCAUAUCAUCAUCAUCUUCUCCAGCAUCACGUUAUUCCCCCCCUCCUUGCUUGCUUGCUCUCGCUACUACACUCAUGUAACUCUUCUCUAUUUCUGUAUAAGCUUCCUCAUCAUUUUUGUUCAUACUCUUCUCUUAUUUCUUGUUUUUUCGAUAAUAACAAUAAUAACAACAAUCAUAAUAAUAAUGACUUAAAGCAAAAACAAACAA